AUGCACAUCCAUCGUUCGUGCAUCGAGCGUGCCCCACUGCCGUGUGUACCAAGAACACCAACGCCACGUACACCAGCCAAACAACGACCACGACUCAAAGAUUUUUGCCCACCAACACAGCCGAUGAUACCACAUCUUAUCAUCCAUUGCGUUGUCGCACUUGAAAAGGAUCGCUUGUCAACGGAGGGUCUUUAUCGCAUACCAGGGUUCGUCGCAUUCACAUAUUUCAUCACUUUUUUUCUGUUCUUCGACUAG